CUGAUAGUUGGCACUGACUGGCAUUGAUAGGUGGCACGGACAAUGAUGGGUGACACUGAAAGGCAGCUCAGAUGGGCACUGAUAUGUAGCAUUGAUGUGGCACUGGCAGGUGGCAUGGAUGAGCACUGAGAGCUGGCACUGAUGGACACUGACAGGUGGCGCUGCUGGGACUACACAGAUCAUCAGGGCAUACUGAUCAGCACUCAUGGGGAGAGAAAUGCCGAUAACUGGCAUUUCCCUGUUUACAUGUGAUCAGCUGUGAUUGGACACAGCUGAU